AGUGUUUCUCAGCUUCCCUAUGGCAAAGCCCUCUACACAUACGAAGGAAAGGAGCCCGGUGACCUCAAGUUUAACAAGGGGGACAUCAUCAUACUGCGGCGGAAGGUGGACGAGAACUGGUACCAUGGGGAGCUCAAUGGGAACCACGGCUUCUUCCCUGCCAGCUACAUCCAGUGUAUUAAGCCCCUCCCGCAAGCUCCACCUCAGGGCAAAGCACUUUACGACUUUGAAAUUAAGGAUAAAGAUCAAGACAAGGAUUGCCUGACUUUCACCAAGGAUGAAAUUCUGACGGUCAUCAGGAGGGUAGAUGACAACUGGGCAGAAGGAAUGCUGGGUGACAAGAUUGGCAUUUUCCCUAUCCUCUAUGUAGAGCUGAAUGAAUCUGCCAAGCAGCUCAUCGAGAUGGACAAGACGUGCUCGGCUGCCGCCUCCGGCUCCGACCUGCCGCUGCCGACGGAUGCCAGUGGCAGCGCGGCAGCAGCAGUGGGUCUGGCACCGUGCUCCACACUAGCUGGGGCUGGGGUGGCCGGGGUGGCCCAACGUCAGGCAGAGGGCAAGAAGAAUGCCAAGAAGCGUCAUUCCUUCACUGCCCUCAGCAUGACACACAAAUCCUCCCAGGCCGCCAGCAACCGGCACUCCAUGGAGAUCAGCGCUCCCGUCCUCAUCAGCUCCAGUGACCCGCGGGCAGCUGCCAGGAUUGGAGAUCUGACCCACCUCUCCUCCAGUGCCCCAGCCCAGGAUUCUUCUUCGAUUGGAACAGCCACAGUGUCUGGUCCCAGGACAAGUGCAAUAAUUGGAGAUCAGGGAACACCACCGAAGGUCCAGCUCCCCCUCAAUAUCUACCUAGCCCUGUAUGCCUACAAGCCUCAGAAAAACGAUGAGCUGGAGCUCCGCAAAGGUGAGAUGUACCGGGUCAUUGAGAAGUGCCAGGACGGCUGGUUCAAGGGGACGUCUCUGAGGAGUGGGAUGUCUGGCGUCUUCCCAGGCAACUACGUGACCCCUGUUUCAAGGGUGCCGGUGGGAGCUGGGCAGCCCAGAAACAGUGGAGCUGCGGGAGCUCCGACAACAAAAGGAGCCCCAGGAUCCAUCCACCCCAUUGGGGCUGGUCACACCAACACUGCCACGGCCGUCAGACCGGUUGUUCCUAUCACUGCUCCUCAGACUCAUCCCCAGCUACAGGCAGCCUCUCCUCAGCUCAAUAACUGCUUGAGGUAUUCAGCUCAGCAGCCAGCCAGCCAGACUCGCAACGCCUUGCAGAUGGCUCAUCCCCCAGUGCCGACCCCAGAGCGUCCCACCGCCACGGUCUCUCCCCUGCGGACACCCAGCUCGCCCUCCCGCCUGCCAGCAGCAGCCAUCCGGCCUCACCCUGCCGUCUCCCCACAGCACGGCCAUCAGCCGCCCGCCCCGGGGGCCCGGCCCCUCAUCCCCCUCACCUCUGCUGCUGCUGCCAUCACACCGCCCAACGUCAGUGCAGCCCACCUCAAUGGUGAGGUGGGAGCGGGGCCCCGGGGGGGGGUGGCACCCCCCACCCCUGGACCCGCUGGCAAGACCGAGGAGAGGAAGAAUGAGAAGAAGGAGAAGAAGAGUGGACUGCUGAAACUUCUAGCAGGAGCAUCAACAAAAAAGAAGUCGCGCUCCCCGCCGUCCGUGUCCCCCACGCAUGAUCCCCAGGUGGCCAUCGAAGGAGUCCUGCAAGGGGCAGUGGGACCAGAGCUCUCCUCCCUCUCCAGCCAUGGCAGGGCUGGCUCAUGCCCUAUUGAGAGUGAAAUGCAGGGAGCCAUGGGGCUGGAACCUCUGCACAGGAAAACAGGCUCCUUGGAUUUGAAUUUUUCCAUCCCUUCUCCUGCCAGGCAGCCCCUCUCUUCCAUGGCAGCUAUUCGGCCAGAGCCCAAGCCUUUGCCCCGGGAAAGGUAUCGCGUCGUGGUCCCGUACCCGCCGCAGAGCGAGGCCGAGAUCGAACUGAAGGAAGGUGACAUUGUGUUUGUGCACAAGAAGCGGGAGGACGGCUGGUACAAAGGGACGUUGCAGAGGAACGGCAGGACGGGCCUCUUCCCCGGCAGCUUUGUCGAGAGCUUCUGAGGUCAGCUCGCUGCUCUCUCAACUGGAGGAGCUUUCAGGGGAAACUGCAUAGCACAAGGAGAGACAGCAAAGAGAAACUGGACUGAUAACCACUGCCAUUUCUAUUUCCAAAGACUCCCUUCCCAGGCCCUUCAGUCUACAGCUCUGGAGAUGCAGUGCCCCGCUGUGCUCCUGAGACCACGUGCGGUGCAUACAGUGGUAUGUUGAAGUAGUGCCUUCCACCUGGAAUCACAGACUGAAAGGACGCCCAUCUGGACUGUACGUAACCUAAACUCCGACUGUUAACCCUUUUGUGUAAAUUAUAGAGAAGAUAUCUUUAAAAAA